UGUCCGCCACGAGGGGGAGCCGGAAACGGCUCGAGGAGCUGGGGUGCUUUCCAGAUGUGGCUGGCCUCCAAAUCCCAGAGUUCCCGGUGGGCAGCUGAGUAUAACUUCCCAUUCCUGCUCGGGGCUUAAGGCGCUGCUUUACAAUCAGCCAGAAGGGCCGCCUUUCCCGAGGCUUUUAGUCUGCGGUAGGACGGCUGCGGCAGCGGCUUCUCUCCCAGGGAAAGGCCGUCGAGCCAAGCCAGGGAGACGCUCCCAGAGGAGGAGCGGGCUGAGCCCCCGGCGCCUCGCCCACCUGCCUCCACCCGCCCCCCAUAGCCGGCAAGCAGGAGCCCCCGGCCCUUUAAGGGCCGCCUUUAAACGGAGCCCCCGACGGCGGUGCGCUGCUUCUCUUCUCUCGGCCGGCGAAGCCCCCCCGGUUGCCCCACCCGCUGGCCUGGCUGCGGCUGCUCCUAGCAUGGGACUGCAGGGGUGAGGCUUGCCCGCACCCCUGCUUUCCCCCCACCCCGGGACACGAUGCUCCCCUUGGGCUCCCCGGCUCCUGCCUUGUGAGCCCGCGCCUCAGCGCCGCCGGAGGACCGGCAUGUCGGGGCUGAAGCCGUGGAGCGCCGCUCUCCUCCUGGCCCUGCUCUUCCGCCUGGCGCAGCCGCUGGAAGGCGCCAGGGAAGCGCUGGAGCCACAGGCGGCCGCCGCCUCCUCCUCCGGGGCUCCUUCCCUGCCGCUCAUCCGAACGCUGCUGAGCCAGGCGCCCCCCAGAUCUUGGCUCCCCGGGCGAAGCCGGAGGCGAGUCAGCGGGCAGCCGCUGCGCUACAUGCGGAACCUCUACCGGAGCGUGGCGGAUCGGCACGGCCGGCCUCGCGGGGACGAGCGGCUCUCCAGCAACACGAUCCGCCUGGUUCGGCCCUCGGCCAAGGCCCGCCAGGCUGGGGCAGGCCCCUGGUUCAUCUGGGUCCUUGACUAUCGCCUGGAAGUACAAGCACCAGCCCAGCGCCUGGUCAGAGCCGUUGCUGUCUACGCUCAGCGUCCAUCCUCGCCUCACGGCCCCCUCUGGUGCACAGCCACCCCGCUCCCUGGUGGAAGCGCCCCGCCGCAGGUGACGGUCAGCCCAGCUUUGCUGAAGAACUCCACCGCCACGCCUGCUGGGGACAGUUGGGUCGAGCUGGAUCUCUCCGUGCACCUCCAGCCGUGGUCCUGGGCUGCCCAGAACAGCCACCUGCUCCGCCUGCAUCACGCCUGCGCCUUCCUGGAAUGGGCCUGGGGCUCUCCCCGCGGGCCUGGUGGGCAAAGCCCCCCCUCCCUGGAGGAUCCUUUCUUGCUGCUCUACCUCAAUGACACUUGGAAAUCCCUCCGGGCCCCCGUGCGAGGGGAGCUCCCCCAAAGCUCUGCCAUUGUCCACAGGAUACGCCGGGCUGAGAAACUGGACCCGGACCAGCCCCGCUACAGCCGCCGGCCCCCCAGCGCCAAGCAGAACGAGUGUGCCCUCUACCCCCUGCGUGUGACUUUCCGCCAGCUGGGCUGGGACCACUGGAUCAUCGCCCCCCACUCGUACCGGCCUCAGUACUGCAAGGGGACCUGCCCCCGGGUGCUGCGCUACGGCUACGACUCCCCCAACCAUGCCAUCGUCCAGAACCUGAUCAACGAGUUUGUGGACCCGAACAUCCCUCGCCCCUCCUGCGUGCCCUACGAGUACAGCCCCGUGGGCGUCCUCAUGAUUGAGCAGAAUAACAACAUCCUGUUCAAGGUGUACGAGGACAUGAUUGCCAAGUCGUGUACCUGCCGCUGAGCAGCCUCGUCUCGGGCAACAAAGCUGCCUCCUUCCCUGGGCCGCCUCCUCCUCUCGCUCCCACCCACUGCUUCACCGAGAGAGAAUCCAGAUUUUAAGGUAUUUGGCAACUUUUCACUUGGAUCCAAGGCCCUUUUUUUCCGAGGGGCACAGAGGACUAGCACCUUGGCUGGGCUCUUUUACAAAAGGAUUUUUAUGCACAGGUUGGCAAAUUCUCCUCCCCUUCCUUUUUUUUUUACUCCUGGAAUGAUUUCACCUUGCCAGAGCUCGGUGGAGGAUAGGUGAAGGAAUCGCAGCUGGCACUCCCGGGAAGGGCUGCGGUGAAGCAGGCAGGCCCACAGGAGGCAGGAGGUGAGAAGAUCGGCUGAGGCCCAAAGAAACCUUCUGGUUUCCCUCGCCAGCGAUUGUCUUGUUGCCUGCCUGCAUGAGCAUCUUCAUGCCCGGAGCCACUGUCCCUUUUGGCCUAGCAGGGUGGCUGAAUUCUGCAGUGCAGCUUGAACAAAAAAUGGGUAUAUGGGUAUUCCAGCCACAGUUUCUCCCCCCACCACCAGAAGACCUUUUCUCCCCCCCCCCAGCCAGUGCCCCCUCCUCCAGCAAGAACUGUGUGGUCUCUGGACUACUUGAACCCCCCUUUUCUGUUCCUGUUGCUUAAGGGGCGCUGCUGUGUGGCCAGUUUUUUGCUCUGCUGCUUCUACCUCUACUCUGCAAAUGAAGGCGCACAAACCCCUGGGAGAUGCCAAGCAGGGAAUGCCUGAAAGAAUUUGAAAAGAAGACCUUUGGGUGGGGGAAGAGCCCCCUGGAGGCGCUCUGAUCCCCGAGGAGGCUGUUCUGGAAGCAAAGGGGACUUUUAAACCAAGGGAGAAGGGCGUUUAGGCGUGUGGCCCCCUCCCCUCCCGUCCUAGGCUUGGUAGAGUCUUGGGCGGGAGGGAGCUCCUGCCUUGGCCUUGUGCCUUGGCUUUGUCAUCCACUGGAAGAUGGAGCAGGGGGCCUCCACCUCCCCCGGCCCUCCCCGUUCUUCUGUGGCCUUGUCCAUAGUUGUCUUCCUCUUCACCCUUAUUUCUUUGCACUUGUCGCCUACCUGGCCAGAAAGAAAAAAAAACUGCCAUAAAUUGGGAAAACUUUAAUAUUUA